GUCACUGGUAAGUAUGAUAGGUCAGUGUGAUAUUGGUUUUCGUCAAGUACAGUUGCAUGUUUUUACAGUUUAAUCAUGUGUGAUAAUUUACUUUUGAAUAUAAUAUGUGCUGCGGAAGCUGCCGGUGAACUAGAUGAACCAACUAUUCCUACUCCUAAAGUAAGGAAAUAUUGGGUUCAUCCAGUUCAUUCAAAAAUAGAAGGUGAAAAUUAUUUUUCUAUCUUUUAUGAAAAUAUUCGAAAAUUUCCCUUGAAGUUUUUCGAAUAUUUUCGUAUGUCAAUUACUUCAUUUGAUGAAUUGUUAAAAAUAUUGAGGCCUUAUUUGACAAAGCAGCAAACAAACAUGAGGAAUCCUAUCAGCGCAGAACUAAGACUAACAGUCACGAUAAGAUAUUUGUCAACUGGUACAUGUUUCAAAGCUCUGCAAUUCGACUUUCAUAUUGGGAAAAGUACAAUUGCAGAGAUUGUUAGAGAAGCUUGUACAAUGAUUUGGACAAUUUUGCAGCCUUUAGAAAUGCCACAACCCACUACAAAUCAAUGGCUUGAAAUAGCAGGUACAUUUUAUUCAAAAACGAAUUUCCCAAACUGUUUGGGAGCUAUCGACGGUAAGCACAUCAGGUGCAGAAAUCCUCGAAAUUCGGGAUCAUAUUAUUUUAACUAUAAAAAAUAUUUUUCAAUAAUUUUAAUGGCUGUGGUUGAUGCUAACCUGAGUUUUGUUGUAAUUGAUGUCGGAGCUUAUGGAAGAGAAUCGGAUUCAAACGUAUUCAAAGAAUGUCCAUUUGGCAAAAAACUAUAUUCUGGUCAGCUUAAUAUACCAGAACCUGCAUACUUGCCUAAUACCCAAAACGUUGUACAACCAUAUGUAUUUGUAGCAGACGAGGCAUUUGCACUCCAUAAAAAUUUACUAAGGCCAUAUCCAGGACGAGGCCUUACUGACAAACGUCGAAUUUUUAACUACAGGCUCUCUAGAGCUAGACGAACUGUGGAAUGCGCAUUUGGAGUGCUGUCAAACAAAUGGAGGGUGUUGCAUACCCCUUUGCUGGUAGAACCAGAUUUUGCAAAUGAAAUUAUCAAAGCAUGCUGUAUAUUACACAAUUUUGUGCGUCAAAGGGAUGGUAUCAAUUUUGACGACAUGGCAACGAGUCAAUUAGUCGAUGACUUGGAGGUUCGGGGAACAGCACCACGUACACAGGGAUUACAGGUCAGAGACUACUUUUCCGAUUAUUUUAUGGGUCCAGGCGCAGUACCAUUUCAGUACACAUGUAUUUAAUGUUUUGUAUUUUAAGUUUAAAAUAAAUACAUGACAUUAUACAGAUUUUACUUAUUUUAUGAAGA